GAGACUAAAUAGGGAGAACCGGAGAAGGGCGUGAAAAUAUCACUCCCCCUUGCCCUCGUUUGGACUAAAACCGACGUUGUAGAAGCGCGGCCUUUCGCACAGGAAUUCAUCGCCGAGGCGACUGAUGGAGCGGCCGAUGCUGGUGAUGCCGCAGAAAAAGGCAUUCAGUUUACCUCUGAGAGGCUCAUCGUCGAGGAAUCGGGGGUUGCAGGCAGAGGAAGAGCAGACUGGAGUUGAUCCGAGGGCAGAGGUGAUGGAAGUGGCCGCAGGGACGAAGGAAGAGGAACGGUGGUCCAGGAUGCUGCCUGAGAUUCUGGGUGAGAUCGUGAGGAGGGUGGAGUCGAGCAACGGGGGUUGGCCGCUGCGGAAGAGCGUGGUGUCUUGUGCUUGCGUCUGCCGGAGAUGGCGCGAGGUCACCACCGGCGUUGUGGGGACACCCUCGGAGACCGGAAAGAUCACGUUCCCGAAUUCCCUAAAGCAGCCAGGGCCGAGUGGUCUUCCGAUCCAGUGCUAUAUUAAAAGGCAGAAAAAUAACUCUACGUUCUACCUCUACCUCAGCUUGAGCCAGACAUGUAUGGACAAGGGAAAGUUUCUAUUGGUUGCUCAAAGGUUUAGGCGCGGUGCUCAUUUAGAGUAUAUCAUCUCUCUUGAUGCUGAUGAUCUGUCCCAAGGAAGUAAUGCAUAUGUCGGCAAAUUGAGGUCUGAUUUCCUAGGGACCAAGUUUAAGAUCUUCGACAGUAGAGCACCAUCCAACGGUGCCAAGGUGUCAACCCACCCAGCAAGCCGGCGUUUUGCCAACAAACAAAUCAGCCCACAGGUCCCUGCAAGUAACUUUGAGAUCGGUCAAGUACAUUACAAAUUCAAUCUCCUAAAAACAAAAGGACCCAGAAGAAUGCUGUGCACGCUGCAGCGCGAUACCAGGGUCGAUGAUGCUGAAUCAGAUUCAGUUGUUCUGAAAAACAAGGCACCGAGGUGGCACGAGCACCUGCAGUGUUGGUGCCUGAACUUCCACGGCCGCGUCACCAUUGCCUCGGUAAAGAAUUUCCAACUGGUGGCAGCGUCAGGUACCCAUGGAACUCUAGGCAUCGAUGACAAUGAGCCAGUGCUACUACAGUUCGGGAAAGUAGGGGAUGACAUGUUCACUAUGGACUACAGGGAGCCUCUGUCAGCCUUCCAGGCAUUCGCUAUUUGUCUCACCAGCUUCGGCACAAAGUUUGCUUGUGAAUAAGGACUCUCUCUCGUUUUCUUCCAUCUGUGGGCAUGCUUCUCCUACUAGUGAAAUCUGAUAUCCAUUUGAGUCGAGCCUUACUUGAAUGUACUGAACUGAGAUUGAGUUGUCCGAUUCAAACGAGCAAAAGCCCAUUAAAAACUUCCCCUUCGAAUCCUGUGGCAAACUGAAGGACAAAGUUACAGAAGGAGCACAGCAUUUUUGCAGAUUUUUUUUUUUUAAAAAAAAAAACAGAGCAGCUUCCUGUGUGUUACGGUGGUGGCGUGGCAUAUGUCGGGAUGGGGAAUUAUACUGUGGAGUGGGAAGAAGUAUUGCGCAGAGAUCGAUGAGAAUCGAGCUGCUGCGAAUGCGAUGUGUUGGUGGUUUACAUGAAGGUGCCUGAGUUUGCGGCGGGUCUUCAGCCAUGGCAUGAGAGAUGCAGUUCUAAGCAAUUGAGCAGCAGCAGCAGCAGCACGUGAGAGAAGACAAGACAGUCUGAGCCACACUUGUUUAGAAACUACUACCAGAUCUGCAAUGGCUCUGUAGCAGCAGGUAAAUAAAUAAAUAAAUAAAUAAAAGGAUUAUAUCAUAUUCAUUCGAUCGAUAACUUAAUAUUUUUACAAAGACGUUCUCAAUC